GGAUAUACUCACACACAUCCAUUUAUUGACAGCUGUUGGUAUUUUAAUUGCGUUUAGACCAGCUCAUAUAUCUGUCCCUCUCGAAUCAACUAAAACAUUCAGUCAGCUGGUUUUUCCAACAAAAGUGGAUUAAAUCAAGAAAAAACUUUGCUAAUAAUUUUUGUAAGUCGGCAUAAAAUGGCAAACGGCAGCGAAUCGCGACCAUAUUGGUCUGAUGAAGUGAUUAUAUUUAUAAUAACAACAAUUCGUAACACGCCGUAUAUGUGGGACAAAACUCAUAAAGAUUACAGUAUUCGUUAUUUAAAACACAAUUUUUGGAAGAAUUUAAAAUGGACGUUGGAAAAACGGUUCAAGUUUCGAGUCUACACAAAUGAAUUGGCUAGGAAAUGGCUAAAUCUCGCCUCAUACUACCGACUACAACAGAAGGCUAUAUUCGAUGCCAAUGCCCGUGGAGCACAUCCGGAGGAAAUAAAACGUUUGGAAGGAUGGAAAUUCUUGAAACAACUCAAAUUUCUUCCUGUUCUUCAAGAUAAGAACGUUGCGGAUUCGGAAAAUCCCUUUGAGGAAAGUGCCCACUCUGACUCCGACGAGAAUAGUGCAGCGCUUGCUGAUGACCAAAAACCUGAACCCCAUGAUACAAAUUCGGAUAAUCCGCUGCAGCUUUCUUCUGAACCACCCAGGAUCAAAGCAAGAAAAUUAGAAAUAGAGGAAUUCAAUGUUCCUAUGGAGGACAAUGAUGCGGAAAUUGAAGAUACAACUCCAAUGACAGUGGAACCGAUGAUAGACGAAAUACACAGCACGCCUAGCUUCCACUAUGGAAUGGCUGUUGCUCAAGAUGUUUUUGAGCUGGACGGCAACUUAAAAAUUGAUGCAAAGAUGGAAAUUAUGAAAGUGAUUGUCAAGUACCAAAAGCAGCAACUCCAUAGGACUGUAAUGGGCCUUGCUGGUAGCUAAGGAUUAGUAAGCAUUGUAUACUUAUUAGAAGUAGAGACACAUUAAUGACACUUUUAAAAUAAUAU